AUGGCGGACGUGCGCGCGCUGCUCAAGCAGAAACGACAACAGGCCGCUCCCCGAAUUACCCACCCCCUCGCGCAAUAUACCCCGAACAACCAACUGCAAUGCAAGGCAUGCAACAUUCCCGUGAAGGAGUUCAUGUGGGAGGGUCACGUCGGCAGCAAGAAGCACCGGACGGCUGUCGCGCGUCUACGCGAGGAACAAGCACGGGCGGAGGCCGCACGCGCUGCAGAGGAGGCGCAGGAGCACGAAGAUGAGGACGAGUACGAGGAGGCGGAUGGCAAGCGGAAGAAGACAUCCGAACCCGACGAGGCGCCCGCGAAACGGCAGAAGGGCGACAAUGCUGGCGGCUUUCCCUCUGACUUCUUCUCCGAUCCCAAUCGACAACUACCCCCUUCCACCGCAGACGAUGACGACGAAGAUGGCGAUGGAAUGCAGGUGGACGGCCCGCCCGCAGACCAGCAAGCACCAGCCGCAGACGAUCCCCUCGCCGCGGAGUAUGCUGCGUUCAUGGCCAGUGUCGCGCAGACUGCAGCGGAUGCGGAAGAGGCCCAUCACGACAAAUACGAACGCGCUACUGUCUUCGCCGAGGCGCAAAUCAAUAACGACGCGCUCGUGGGCAUGCCGCAGGCAGCUGAACCCGUCAUCGCAGAACGGGUUGACGAGGGCGCGCCGCCAGACGAUCCCGAGGAGACUGAAGAGCAGAAGCGCGAGCGCAUAGACCGGGAGAUCAUUAUGGAUCGGUUGAUUGAGGAGGAGCGCGCACAGGAGGAAGCGGACAUGAAGGUAGCUAUGAUGAAGCGCCGACUAGAAGAGCUCAAAGCACGCAAGGCCAAGAAGAAGGCGGGCUCAUGA